UAGGCCUGCGGCCAAAUAUUUAUACUUUUGCGGUCUACCGUAACGUUGUUUUCUACUGGAUGUUGAUUUGCACUGAUCGUGUACUGAAAUCACCAUAGCAACACAUACCGGCGCGCUGGCUUGCUUUUGCGGUCACCCUCUUUAUUGCUUUCUUGUCCCUCUAUGCUGACAGGUAUUACGGUUUUUGCGUGCCUCGUCUAAACGCAGCAUAAGUCACAUGAUCAUUUAUAUGAGAGGAUUGACCAAUGAGGAGCAGCGGUGACUUUUUUAACGGUGAAAGGCAGGAUCAGUAACAUUAGAGCGGGAAACUCGUAGCGAAACGUGAAAAAGGUCCAUUGACCACAUCAGCACAAGGCUAGCUAGCUAGCUACUACGUGGACAUUUAAAUACAUUGGUUACCGAAAAAUAUUAUAGGAAAGACAGGCCUGUUGUGAAAUUUCUAGAUUUUCAUCAGGAAAUCACAACUACAAUAAUUUGGAACGAGCCACCUGAAGGUUGGCAUCAUGUCUCAGAAGCAGAUAUAUUACUCUGACAAAUACGACGAUGAGAAAUUCGAGUAUAGGCACGUGAUGCUGCCCAAGGACAUUGCCAAGCGUGUGCCCAAGACCCAUUUGAUGUCAGAGACGGAGUGGAGGAACCUGGGCGUCCAGCAAAGUCAAGGCUGGAUACACUACAUGAUCCAUCAACCAGAGCCCCACAUCUUGCUUUUCCGUCGUCCACUGCCCGCAGCCUGAUCUCAGACAGAGAGCGCGAGAGAACACUCAUAGGGAACAAGGAUAAGAGGGUGGCUGGAGAUGGAUGCACGCUUUAGUUGGAUGGAUGAAUCAAGACUAUUUCCCACAUGUGUAUUGUAUACAUUGCAGUGGAGCCAGAGUCAAGAGCUCCAACCCACUGUCCUCACUCACUGUAAAGCCUUUCACAUUUCCUCUGGACCUGCUUGGAACCCUUUCAUCCUUUUCUCUAUCUGUAUUUCUGUAAUCAUUCUAACUUUUGUACUAGGACCAACUUGAUAAUGUUGUCAAGGUGUGCACCUGGGAAGAAAAGGAAAAGCUGAGGUUGUGGCAACACAUUUUUAAUUAUUCUAAACCUUAACCCACUAUAUCUGCUGUGAGUUGACUAACAUGAUGCUCAUAUCCGAUUUUAAUCCAGAUAGUAAUUGUGUAAAAUGUAAGGGGGACAUUUUUGGAACUGCAAAUGUGCAGGGAUGUUACCAAAAUUACUAUAUGAUCAAAUACCUGUUAUGUCACUUGAUUCAACUUGUUUUGAAUACCGCAGAUUGCGUCAAGUGUAUGCACUCCUACUCUGUACAAAUGAUGAUAGUACUCUGGACAUUGUAAAUCAAUCAUGGCCUGCAAUUAUAAGUAAUACUGUCUGUUUUAGAGCUGUCAAAAUGGGGCCCAAGAUCUUUGUUGACAUGUCUAUGAUUGUACAAAUCAGCUGCUCAGUAUUUAUGAGUUCUUGUACCCCAGAAAUAAAUGUUUUAAUUUGAAAUUCAUGUCACUGAUUAUGACGUGGGUGUGAUAAAAAAAAUAAAGUGGUACUGUCCCCACUACGAUAAAUACA